AUGACUUCGCUGUACCUUCUAUUACCUCAAAAAAACAGGCCACUACAAGCGACAGAAGCCACAACGUUUCUAACCUCCAACUUCAUCUACUACUGCCUACUGCUGCUACUGCUAACAACCGCAACUUCAACAUUAUCUCGAACAAAUGCUGCCUCUAUCGAUGUAGAGCCAUCCUACUGGCAAAAUCAUCAAAGGUCAGUGGUCUCUCCGCGAAGCCUCUGCGAAGAGUGGCGACACGAUGUUGCGUCUAGGGCUACCGUCUCGAAGCUUAUCGUAGAAGGGAGGGUGAAAAAAAUUGACGACAGUUCGUCGCGGGCCUCUCGCUCAAAUUUUCAGAGUGAUAAGUCGUUGUUGUAUUUUAACGUUACGUUCAAACCGAGAGUUGUUUAUAAGGGUUACUUGCCGAAGCAGAUCUACAACAACAACGUAAACAGCAACAGCGUAAGUAGCAACAACAACAAAAACAACAACAACUACCCGAUGUUAGUUGUCGGAGUGUUCGGCAGGAAGGAGGAUGCCGGCAGUUGUACACCGUCGAUCCAGCUCGGCACCAAUUACAUCAUGUUCCUCAAAUUCAACCCUUCCACGUAUGACGUCCUUAUGACGUCAUCGUCGUCGUCACCGUCCUACGAUUACAACGCCGAUGAAAAUGAUGAUGGCGGUGAUGAUGACGAUGAAGUUCAUGACGUGUUUGAUGAUGCGGACAACGACAGCGUCAUAAAUGUCAAAAACAACGACAACAAGCGGAAUAAGAAGAGUAAAAUGAACGCCUACAAUAAUAGCGAGGAGGAAGAUGAAGAAGAUGAUGAUGAUGAUGGUGGUGGAGGCAAUGAUAAUGAUGACCUGCCUGUCGGAAGUGACGUCAGACCAUAUUUUGAGAUCGAUCAAUUCCCCGAGCUGACCUCAAGGAGAGCUCUGAGAAGUGUGGCCGAGUUCUCGUGCAAGAAUUGCUCAUCCAUGCCAACGAUCGAACCAAUGGCGGAGAAGCGCAAACAAGUGAUAGCUAAUCAGAAGUUGUUAUUGCGUUGUGUAACACACGGAAGACCCGCCCCACUAGUCACGUGGUUUAAAAAUGGAGAUGUUCUCAAUACUACAGUUAAAAGAAUAUCGGUAAAAAAUAGUCGGGAUGGCACGUCGACUUUGCACAUCGACAAAAUCAAGUCGUCAGAUUCAGGAAUCUUCCAGUGCAGCGCUAAAAAUAUUCUUGGUGACGUCAUAAGCGAGGGAGUUGACGUCAUCGUUCUUACCGAGUCACAAAUAAACGACAUCCCACAAUACGGACCCUGCGAUGUAUUGGACUACUGUCUUAAUGGAGGAACAUGCCAUAGUCAGCUCAAAACGGGGGCUAAAGUUUGCGAGUGCCGACAAAACUACACAGGUCCGCGCUGUCAGGAGUUCAACGUGGUCGAACACGUCAUCCUGAUGAGAGACAAAUAUGAAAAAUUCGAAAAGCGACUGGAGAGUCUCGUUAUGACGUCACUGCUCCUCAUCGUCAUCCUCAUCUUCCUCUUCAUUGUCGUCAUCGUCUUCCUGACAAGGCGUAGAUUCAAACAAGCCAGGACCGGUUCGACAACGACUACUACGACUGCCACAUCCCUAAUUUGCAACAACAACAACAACAACAACAACGUCAACAACAACGUCAACAGCAAAAAAAGCUGUAACGGGACAGCUGUUAGGGCCAGCUACAUACAACAGAAGCAACAGCAGCAGCAGCUAAGAUUGUCACAGCAGCCACAGCAGCCACAACAUCAGCAGCAACUACAAAUGCAACCUAUGAAAGAAAUUAAAGUGAGAAAAAUUUGUAAUGACUUUUCAUCAAUGUUUUCGAAGCCCAGAUGCAAUUUAUCAAUACGAAGUCUACUUACGUAA